AUGGCCUUCCGAUCUCCUCCUCCGCCCCCCGCAAGGCAACCACCCACGUCACCUCCUCCCACACCACGUCAAAGUCCCCCGCCUCCCACUCCCAUCGUGAACCCACCACCGCCGCCGCCUCGAGGGAACCCUCCGCCGCCUCCGGCUCCCACUCCCAAACUUCCACCGCCGCCUCCGAAUGUAAAGCCACCGCCACCUCCGGCUCCCACUCCCAUGCUGCCACCGCCGCCUCCUAGUGUAAAGCCACCACCGCCGCCACAACGAAGCCCCCCGCCGCCUCCUAGUGUUAAGCCACCGCCACCUCCCACUCCCAAACUGCCACCGCCGCCACAACGAAUCCCCCCGCCGCCUCCUAGUGUUAAGCCACCGCCACCUCCCACUCCCAAACUGCCACCGCCGCCGGCUCCAGUUGCACCGCUAGUUCCGCCGCCGCCACCGCCGGGCCCAAACCACACCGUGGUCAUCGUGGUGGUAGCCACCCUCGGCGGCCUUGUCCUCCUCGGUUUCCUUGCGGCGGCCGUGUUCUGUUUCCUACAGAAGAGAAAGAAGAAGCAGAAGGCGGCAGCGAGAGAAGGGCUGGCGGCGGACGUGGAGGGUCAUGUGCACGGGCAGCAGUUACACGAAAGGUUCAAGAAGGGGGCGGCGUCCUCCUUCGGUAAAGCUGCACGCAGUUCCAGCCGGGCGACCGGUUAG